UCAAGUUGAAAAAUCUUGUUUUGUGAAAGUAUCUUAAUAAUUUUAAAUUUGAGUGUAAAGUAAUUUGUAACUUUGUGCUUUUAUAAAUUUCUGAACAUGGGAGAUUCUGUCCAAACAGUAGCGUUUAAGAUAACACUGACAUCGGAUCCAAAGCUACCAUUUAAAAUACUCAAAGUGCCAGAGGGAGCUCCAUUUACUGCAGUUUUAAAAUUUGCAGCUGAAGAGUUCAAAGUAACAGCUGAAACAUCCGCAAUCAUCACAAAUGAUGGAAUUGGUAUAAAUCCACAGCAAACAGCCGGUGUUGUAUUUCUCAAACAUGGAUCAGAGCUUAGGCUCAUACCAAGAGACAGGGUUGGAUCAGUAUAAUGUUUAUAGAGUAAUAUUGAGUUUCUCAAAUAAUUUGUUUGUACAUU